AAAUGAAACAUCAACAUAUUGAUACCAUUAUUUCACAGUUGAUAACAUCGAAGUUUAAAGUUGGGCCAUUAUUGAACCAUUUGCUUAAUACGUCGUUUAAAGGCCUGUGCUGUCGCUAACACUAAAGGCUCAGUUUGUUUGGAAAAGCUUUAACUUGGAAUUUAGUUCCGACAUAUGGUAAAGGCUUUGCAGAUUGGUAUGUGAUUACUAUAAGAAAGUAUAACGGGUAUGCUGCAGCUACACACGUAAAUAUGUAAAUACCGACUUCGGAAUAAAACAUGCUGGCUGAAAGUCCUCCAGGCGGCCACGAGUCACCUCCAUUCUUCCAGUCCGAGGGGGCGAGGUCCAAGCGUUUGUCUGACGUCAAACGUGGCGCAGAGUACUACAAGAAGCUUGACCACAUAGCGGAAGCACAAUGGAAAUCAAAUACUCCAAAAUUUCCGCCGGUUCCCCGGAAGUUGUCCGUCUUACCGAAGAUCACCACUUCCGUUUUAAGCGAGCCCGGGACGCGGCAUUCGCGUUCGACGUUUAACAUGACGUCGACGCCACGUCAGAGUAUUUCAGUGAUGUCAGGUAUGGAAAGCACCGUCACUGGAUUCACGGGAUACACCGGAACUUCAAUGAGUCUCCCCUCCCACAUUUCAAGGAUCGUCCAACACCGGAGCUCCGAUCAGUACCAGUCACCACUGGCUCCCAUACCGGAUGAGGAAGACCGGAACUACAAUCCUUGGGGAACCAGUCACAGCCCGCUUGAGGACCAAACUAAACUCACCCCGGACGAUUUGAAACCCCGGGAGCUUCCGUUUAAGUACAGGGACAGUAGGAAGUUGGUAACUAAACCAACGCCCAAGAAAUCUAUGCCUAUGAGUCGCGUUGCGGCCAAUGAAAGAGUCCGUCAUCAGAGGACUGUGACUAAUUUCCGGUCAAGGAACGGUACCAUUCGCGUAAUAAGACCCCUUGAUCCAUUACCGGAACUCGAAAAAUACCAAAAGACGUAUACGCCGGAAAUGUUUGAUAUUGAAAAUAUAGAGCGUGAAAAGACAUUUAUGAUGUUAGAAAGGAUUGAUAAAAUUCUCCAUCCAAACAAAAAGCCCCCGCAAUCCCCCAUUGGUUCUAGUGAAGAAGAAAUCCCGGCGAUGUCAACUUCGUCGGUAACAUUAUCAGAUGACGUCAACGAGCUACGGGAUAUUUUCGUGAACGUCCCCGUUCAGGACUUUAUACGUAGACAUACAAAAAGUCCCCCAGCGGGAAGCCCACUUACACCACGGCUCGAACACAGUUCCUUGUCAAGAGGAUCCAAAGGGCGGAAAUCGCGGAACGACCGUCCAAAACGACCGCGGAUUAAAUUCAUUGAAGAUCCGUUCAAGAUACAUCAGCCGAAGACGUUUUCAGACGUGCUGCAUGAACUAGAAACGUCUCUUGAAGACGUGGACACGAAAUGUCAAUCUUGGGUGGAUAAGUGUGUGUAACAUAUUGUGUAUAUGUGGAUGGUUAUGUGCUGUGUUGCUGUGCCUCGCAAUUAUCUUACGCAAGUCAACGUCAACUCUUUAAUAAGGUGAAAAUCAUCUCAGUAAUUCAGGUGACCGGCUCCUACCAACGGCGAUGGUCAAGACGUUGGUCAAUGCGUCUUGGCUUCGCGUUUUUUAGCCAAAAAGGACAAUAACACGUAUACAGACUCGAUGUUGAUUCUGUCGUUCACAUGACAACAGAAGAACAAAAUAAUUCAUGUUUAAUGUUUACCUUUAAUUUGAUUGUACACAAACUGUGUAAUGACACGUAUAUGCACGAAACUUAUAACAGUAGUUAGCAAUGUCCAUCUUCUACAGUAAUAUAAUGUACAACGUUAUGUAGGGAUCAUUUUCACUAACGUCGUGACGUCGAGUGUGAUACUUGGGCUCUGAAAAGCGAAAUCUUAAAUGUUUCAAAAUUAAUCAUUAAUUAAAAAAAAUCUGAUGUGCCUGAUCGUAGAACAAGUUAUUUGUAACAGAAACAGAACGUUUAAGGCCAUCAUUGCUCUUGUAAGAUAAUUUUACAACAAAAUUAAAAUUUACAUUUUGAGUCUUCAGUAUAACACUCCGACCUAAAUCGUUUGUGAAUAUAAGCCCAAGUUCUUAGUGUAAUUUUACCAUUUUUAACACUGUCUGUACUUAUUUUUGUUGUUAGACACAUUACUGUUAAUGAAUGCAGUAUGAAUGUUGGAAUAAAUUAGUUUGCAUGCUUAUCAUAUAGUAACGUCAUAAUUGUUCCAUAUGUUUUAGAUUGUACAGAAAGUUCACUUAAAACCCUGCUGCGGAUUGGCAUAAUUAGCUGUUCUUGAAACUUGGAGUUACAAUAUCUUUGUGGUAGUACUUAAACAUGUCUGUUUUUGUAUGAUAAAAAAUAAACUUUUAUAUUUUUGAUAAUUUGGGGUUCUGACGUGGCACCAUUUUCAUCUAGACUGUAUCUAAACCAAGCCUCGCGGCUCAUUAAGAUAUCCUUCCCAUAAUGACGCGAACCGUUGAUGCCUUGUAAAACCAUAUACUGUGGGUACCAUGUAAAAAUAAAAGAAUAUGUUAAAAAUAUUCCGAAAAUUUUAUUACAAACAAGCAUUUUGUGCCUUGACAGAUUGAAACAUACACGAAUUAUACGUCUAAUUUCAGUUGAACAACAACAAAAAUACAAACUGCACCAACUUGAUCAAGAAUGUGUUUUAACCUAUUUGCUUUACAUAUGAGUAAUCAGCAUUCAAUCCCCUUUCAAAUAGUACCCGCAUUAUAUGAGGUCACCAAGCAUACAAAUUUUGCAUUGUCGCCAAUGGCUCCAAAGAAUGACAAGCAAUUUGUACAUAGGUUACCUUAAACCAGAAAGUACAAUCAUGUAAAGCAUCACCCUUAGAUCACCAUAUAUCAUUGUGAGGAUAUAUUACCCAGUGGCGGCUCUAAAGAGAAGGCACAAGGGCCCAUACCCCACUUCCCUCAGUUGGUCUGGCAAAUGAACAUCUGACAAACUAUUAAAAUGCCGAUACAUACGUUUUUUCAUAAGGCUGUCCUCUUUAUAAAAUGUAUUAAAGUAUUCUUGAAUGAGGGGAUGAAAUCCAUCAAUUAUGUAAUAGUGUAAGAGCCUUUUCAAUAACUCAGUGAAAUAAGUUUUGAGGGGGUUUGAUGGUUGUGCCACCCCCUGUAAUGAAUUCCUGGACCAGCCACUGUUACCUUGAGUUGGUUUGAUUGAUUAUAAGGAGUGACAAAGUGGGUAUUUCAAGACAACAAUAUCAAGAUAUCAGAUCAUUUUAAUGCCUACAAACAGUUUUACAUAUUAAAUCAUCAACAAGGUAACAAAUCUGUACAACUAAAUUUAAAACAUUCAUAUAACAGACAAAACAAAAGAGUAAGAGUCAGAGUAUUAAGAAUCUGGAUAAGGAUGUAUCUGUCAUAAGAACCAAAAACAGAAUCUGGAUAUAUUAUGUCAAAAGAACCAUGAUUUUUUU